CUUCGUUCGAGCCAGUCAGAGGCAGCAAAAGUGUAGAAAAAUCCAUCAUCGUCCGCAGACGGAAUCCAUUCGAAAGUGAUCAUUUCCCGAGACAACACAAUAGUGCAAAGAUUGUGGAGUGGAAAAUAGUUUUUCGCGUUUAGUUUUAUAGUCGUGGAAAAGACUGAAAAGUUUGCAAUAGUGGCAUGUGCAAACGAAACACUACCUAGCUAAUUCAACGCAAUCGAACCGUGCAGGAAAAUAAUUAAGGUUUUUACAGUUAAUUGAAGUAUGCAGCUGCUGCAGUCGGAAGAACAAUAGCUGAGUGUUUAUCGGGUGUUGGGUGUGGAUCGGUGCGAGUAAUUAAUAAGACCAACAUUCUCGGUGGUUCGACGAAACCGUGCGUGAGUGAGUGAUUUGGGCAGCAGUGAUAGUGAUAGUGAACGAACGCACCACGAUGAAACAGCCAGCAUCGGCGGAAGUGGACCGGACGGCCAGCAAGGCUAACCGACCGAGCCAGCUGCUGACCAACGACGAGAACGAGCAGUUGUUCAGUCUGCUCGGCCGACGAUGUCAGACCCAAUGCACCGCGGUGGUGCAGCUGUACAUGACGCAAUCGCCGGCACACGCUUCCUGGGUCAAGAGGUGGACCGGAGCGCUCUGCUUCAUCAAGGAUAACAUCCGCAAGUCGUACUUCUUUCGGCUGUACUGCCUGAAAACGAACCGGCUCGUGUGGGAGCAGGAGCUGUACGACAAGAUCGACGUGACCAAGCCGAAACCGUUUCUGAUCGUUUUCGAGGGUCAGGAUGGCAUAGUGGCGUUCAAUUUUGCAACGGAGGAUGAAGCGACCGCCUUCAUGAGUACGACUAGUUCGACGGUCAACAAUCGGAAUCGACGGAGAGAUGAUCGUAUCAAACGGAACAGCACCCGUAAAGAUCCACCACCGGCACGGCCGCCGCCAGUUUCGAACCAAAACAAUGCUUUCAACGAUAAUACCGUGACGCUACGCAACAAGCCUUCGUUCAUCUCUUCUACACCAGCGUUCGCCAACACUGGCUACCAGCCACAACAACAACUGCAGCCUCAGCAGCAGCCGCAGUACUAUCAACGGUCAGCGAACAAAAACAAGGGAAAAGCACGCCUACGCAAGGAAGACAUUGGCAUGCCAUCGAACUUCAAGCAUCUGACGCAUGUCGGCUGGAGUCCAACCAGCGGAUUCGAUCUAAAGGGUGAAGAGGAAACGCUUAAACCCUUCCUGGAAAAGGCAGGCGUGCGGGACCAGCAUCUGAAAGAUCGCGAAACACGUGAGUUCAUCUACGACUUCAUUCAGAACCACAAGGUACUGGACACGAUGAAGUACGAGCAGAGUGGCAAUCGGAAGCAGAAACCACCGGCACCGCCGCCGGUGCCGAUCCGGAAUCAUCAGGAGCAGCAGCAACAGCAGCAGCAGCAGCAGCAAAUCAACGGUAACAAUCAGCAGCGAAACCCACCGCCACCGCCUCCAAACAGAACGCUGCCACCACUUCCGGCUACGACCCCACCAAAGGUAAACCAAGCGCCUUCCCGACCGCCCCCGAUGCAGCAGCAGCAAACGGCGACGACUACACCACCGGCAGCGGUACCGCCCCCUCCGCCUCCACCGCCACCAGCCUCCUCCGGAGUGGUUCCACCACCGCCACCACCGAUCAUGCCGCCAUCAUCAUCGUCGUCGCAAAAAUCCGCACCCGUACCGGUUGUGGAUGAUGGCCGAUCGGCACUGCUGGACAGCAUUCGGAAAGGAACCACUCUUAAGAAAGUGGACCAAAGUGCGUUGAGCACGGGCAGCGGCGGCGGCGGUGAUCCGCGCAGCGAUCUGCUGUCGCAGAUUCGCGACGGCAUCGAGCUGCGACCGGUCACCGAUCGGGAGCAGAACGCUGCGGUCGAUCGGAGCAGCGGAAGCGGCGGCAGCGGGGACUGCGGCACCGAUGCGCUGGCGGACGCCCUGCGGCGGGCCCUCGCCGAACGGGGCCGUGUCAUUCGCUCGUCGGACGAGGACGACAGCGACUCCAAUUCGGCCAACGACGAUUGGGAUGACUAAAGGCACACGGGAAUGUCGGUGAGUCAUUUUUUGUUUCUCAACCAGUCAACGGAAGAACGCGGUGCCAAAUGUGAUGUGAAGUUGUAGUCGAGACGGAAAGGAAGAUUGUGGAACGAAACAGGUUACCGGACAUGAGCGGAUGGAGGUGAAAUGUUUAGACUAGAAAUGGGUUAAGUUAGGAUUAAAGCUGUACAUUUUUACGCACAGUCCCGUAUUUUAGCAACAUACUUACCAGUAGGUCGUUUUAAUUUCCGUAUCCUUCUUAGUUUUCGAUUAAUUUAGCGAAAGUUUAAAAUGCAAAGCACAAUUUUAAUCAGCUAAACAUUAUUACGUAUGUUCAUUUAAAAGUUUUUGGCGACUCUCCGCCAAAAAAGAUUAAUGAGAGAGUAAAUAUUUUUUGAUGAACUAUUGUUUCGUUAAUGCUUCAGCAAACCACAAUAAUUGAAACCGCAAGCAAAGCAUGAAAGUAAGCAAAUGUAAGAUGUGCGGUUUGCGUUUGCCAACAGAAAUGGAAAGUAUUUUCUUCCAUUUAUCGUUUAUCCUCUGCCUCUGAGUCUGAAUUAACUAAUUUUGAACGAUUAGAUCUCGCUCUCGCUGAACCCAAACCGCGAACCGCACCGAUGCGAUGUAUAAUUUGCGUUAAAUGAGAUGCGUUUAGCAUUAUCAAAAAGGUAGAGCAUAUAGAGAGCAUGAUAAUUGCACCGCCCCUCCCGUGUUCGUGUGGCCCCGCCCUUGUGCUCGGUUUCUUCUCGUGCAAUGCAAAAAGAGAUGUGAGCAACCACAGUUUAAUAUCUAAUCCAUUAACGGACGGUAGGUAGAGGGUCCGUGGCACUUAGGGACAACAUAGACUGACACUGCACAACUAUCACAAUGUAUCGUUAGGGAGCGUUAUUAUAGGAGUCGCUUUAGGCAAUCAACAGGGUAAUAACGAAAAAAAAAACAACUUACCUUCUUACCUAACCUUACCUUACACGUAACUCUAUAGGGAAGAGCGCAGUCAAUAACGAGCGGAUGAUGAACAUUCUUUCAGUGGCUAAAUCGAAACUUUUGGUCACUUUAUUAAAUGGUCAACUUUAACUUGUAGUAGCAACUAUAGAUAGUAAUUUUGUUUGUCUAAAAAAACAAUACUACUUAUUAACACACGUCUUAUUGUGCGGAAUUUGUUGGUUUAACUGUGUAUUAUAUGUUGUCGUAAGAAACUUAUCGUGUAAGCUUAGCAAGAAAAAUUUAGAAUUUCCUUUGUCUUCUACCCUACUUACUUAUUAUUAUACUUCUAUUUUGUGUUCCAAUAAAUUUUAUCAACCUUUUUGUCUGUGAACUCUUCCAGCAAUUUACGAUUACGA